AUGUCGAACCCCGGAGAGCAGGAGGAGGCCGCGAAGCUGUGGAAGGUCAAUCGUACGAUCCAUGAGCUGGUGAAGGACAGGGGGUUUCAAGUGUCGGACGAGGAAAUCCACAUGGAUUUGGCUACUUUUCGCCAACACUAUGCUAGCCAAACUGGCGUGGUUGACCGGAGUCAAUUGAAUUUCUUCACGAAUCACCGUGACAAUGUCCAGCACCAGAUAUUCGUGUUUUUCACGGAUGAAAAGAGCGUCGGUGUCAAGACAAUGCGAAAACUGUUGGGCAUUCUGGAAGAGAAGAACAUUGCCCAAGGUGUAAUCGUCUUCCCAGGGAACAUGACGCCCUCGGCACGGAAGGUCAUAGUCGCUAUGUCGAGCACAUUCAAGCUGGAAGAGUUUUCAGAGUCGGACCUAUUGGUCAACAUCACUCACCAUACCCUAGUCCCGAGGCACGAGGUUCUCACCGCCGAACAAAAGAAGGAACUGCUCGAGACGUACCGGUUGAAGGAGACGCAACUGCCCCGUAUACAGCUCGCGGAUCCUGUUGCACGCUACUACGGGCUGAAGCGAGGCAAUGUCGUUAAAAUCACAAGGCCCAGCGAGACGAGUGGACGAUACGCCAGCUAUCGCAUCUGCUUCUAG